AUGAUGUGCUCAUCAGUUACUGAAAUGCAUGUCGCUUUGAUUGGGAUGACGGGUUGCGGGAAAUCAGCUUUGGCAGUGAAAUAUAUAGCUGGUCGGUUCAUUGGCGAUUAUGACCCAAACCUUGAAGAUACAUACUGUCGUCAAGAUGUUUUACUCUCGCAACCGAUUGUCGUAUGUUUGAUGGAUACAGUGGAUGGUUCAGGACGAGAUGCAAUGCGUUACCUUUCGUGGGCUGAUGUUUACAUUAUUGUAUAUGACAUAACAUCACAAUUGUCUCUACAGUACGCGGAAUCAACAAUGCAACAAAUUGCAGCCCAUGAACAUCAUCUUUGUUCGCGACAACAUAAAUGCUUACUUGUAGGGAAUAAGACUGAUCUUGAACGCUACCGGCAGGUAAGUGAAUCAGAUGGUGAAAAGUUAGCGAAACGAUUUGGCGUAAUGUUCGGCGAAAUCUCAGCUGUAGAUGAAUGGGAACGAGUUGCUGCACUUUUCAGACGUCCAAUCACUAUUCUCUUAACUGAUCGUUCCAAAAGACGCAGUCCGUCUCCACGACUUUGUUCCUCGGAUUCUGAAAUCGCUUCUUCGGUAAAUAAAAGUGCUUUCUCAAUGAAAAAUUCUGGCCGUUCCAGUACAUUUGGUCUUUGUUCGAAGAGCCCGAAAGGUGUUGACUUGGUCAAAAUGUCCUCAUCAAAGAAAAGUGGCCAUAAAUUGUUGAAACUUUUUCAUAACUGA